UUUAUUCACUUUCUCACUUUUCCCCUCUCUCUCCUCUCUCCUCUGGGCAAACCUCUCCCAGCCCUUAAGUAGGCAUGGGCUGCCAACCCCGAACUGCCAGGUGGGCACUGCCCAUAGGUUCACGCAUAUGCAAGCAGCUGAUAAUCAUUGCGUGAUCAUAGCAUAGGUCAGGCCUUAGCCACCUCAGGAGUUGAUUAUACAUCUCCAUCAGGUGUGACACCACGCAGCCCGCUACAGUUCCCCCUUUUGUUUUGUAAAAUCACAGGUAAGAGUAGAGGUCUGAUCUCUGUUAAAAAUGAAACAUGUACUAGUGUUUGUCCAGGUGUCAUCCACUCAGAGAACACUAGACCUGUCCAGUGCCUUUUUACAGAGGUGGGAGUUAGACACCAACCCACAUGCAAUCAGACUUGCUCUUACAUCUCUAGCCAAACUUGGGGAGACUGUCCUGUUUCAAUAGCCGUGAAGGCCUGAAUGAUCAUAACUGCAUUGCAAUGCUGUGAACCCCUUAUGUGACAGUUGCACCACAGGCAUACCAGGGAGGCAAGCACCAUUAAGCCUUGUUAGGGCUCCUAUUCCCGCCCACUCCUUCAGAUGACCCAUGGAGUGAUCCAGGAAGAUAGUUCUUCUGCCAGGCUGGUAUCCAUGCCUGUGGAAUCUGCAGUCACAAUCGUCACUCGCAGCUUUUCCAGUUGUUGUUCGAAUUCACCAGACCAAAUUACCUAAAAGACAGCUAGAAAAUUCUUUAAAUUUUUCAUAUCACACACAGCCCCAGAUACUUCCAUUCACAGCCAAGCUGAGCCAAUUGCCACAGCCACAGCUGUGCUUGCGGCAGCAGCAAGGGCAGUCAGAACUGGUAGCAGAGGGGCCAGCACAGAGGAGAGGAAGAGGAGGCACUCUUGCUUUCCCCUCCCUGGCUUUCCUCUGCCUGCUCCUGUCAUUAGGAGUGGCUUUGUCAUGAUUCCAGGAGCAGUCAGAAACCAUUGCUCUGGCCCCUUGGAGAAAUGGCCGCACCGGCAGGUGGGUUGCAUGGUCCUGCCUCCGUGGUACUGGAGGUGGAAACCAGGAGAGUGAUUUAAGUAAGUCUUCCCCAACAACGAAUGGGAUUCCAUCUUCAGACACAACCAACGAAGCCACGGACCCCUUCCAUGCUUGCAAUAUUCUUAAGCAACUCAAAACAAUGUACGAUGAAGGACAGUUGACAGACAUUGUAGUGGAAGUGGAUCACGGGAAAACAUUUUCCUGUCAUAGAAACGUUCUUGCUGCAAUCAGCCCCUACUUCAGAUCCAUGUUCACUAGCGUCCUUACGGAAAGUACUCAGAAAGAAGUUCGAAUCAUUGGUGUUGAAGCUGAAUCAAUGGAUUUAGUAUUGAAUUAUGCCUAUACCUCUAGAGUUGUUCUGACAGAGGCCAAUGUUCAGGCCUUGUUCACUACAGCUAGCAUCUUCCAAAUUCCUUCCAUACAAGACCAAUGUGCUAAGUAUAUGAUUAGUCAUUUGGAGCCACAGAAUUCUAUUGGAGUCUUUAUCUUUGCUGAUCAUUAUGGUCAUCAGGAACUUGGAGAUCGAUCAAAAGAAUACGUCCGUAAAAAGUUUCUGUGUGUCACCAAAAAACAAGAGUUUCUGCAGCUGACAAAAGACCAACUAGGACUAGACAGUGAUGAUUUAAAUGUAGACCGGGAAGAGCACGUUUAUGAGAGCAUUAUAAGGUGGUUUGAACAUGAACAGAAUGAAAGAGAAGUACACCUUCCGGAAAUUUUUGCCAAAUGUAUAGGUUUUCCAUUGAUGGAAGAUACAUUUAUCGAGAAAAUUCCACCUCAGUUUGCACAGGCCAUAACCAAAAGCUAUGGAGAAAAGGGGCUAUCCAACACCAAUGGCUGUACGCAGAGGCUUGGAAUGACUGCUUCUGAAAUGAUCAUAUGUUUUGAUGCUGCACACAAACACUCAGGAAAGAAGCAAACAGUGCCUUGUCUAGAUAUAGUCACAGGAAGAGUGUUUAAACUAUGCAAACCACCAAAUGACCUACGAGAAGUUGGGAUCCUUGUAUCACCAGAUAAUGACAUUUACAUCACAGGGGGGUACAGGCCAAGCAGCAGUGAGGUCUCCAUCGAUCAUAAGGGAAAUGAUUUUUGGAUGUAUGACCAUUCCACCAAUAGAUGGCUAUCCAAGCCAUCCUUGCUUCAAGCCAGAAUAGGCUGCACACUCGUGCACUGCUGUGGUAAAAUGUAUGCAAUUGGAGAGCGUGUGUAUGAAGGUGAUGGAAGAAACUCCCUCAAGUCCGUGGAGUGCUAUGACAGCAGAGAGAACUGUUGGAUGACUGUCUGUGCCAUGCCUGUCGCAAUGGAGUUUCACAAUGCUGUGGAGCACAAAGAAAACAUCUAUGUUUUACAGGGGGAAUUUUACCUCUUCUAUGAGCCUCAAAAAGACUACUGGGGGUUUUUAACUCCCAUGACUGUGCCUAGAAUCCAGGGCUUGGCAGCUGUGUACAAGGACUCGCUCUACUACAUAGCUGGAACCUGUGGAAAUCAGCAUGUGUUUACUGUAGAAGCCUAUGAUAUCGAGCUAAAUAAAUGGACUCGUAAGAAGGACUUUACAUGUGAUCAAUCCAUAAAUCCAUACCUGAAGCUACUGCUUUUCCAGAAUAUUUUUGUGUACUGUUUUCAAGUGUAUGAGAUUAAAUGUGCUCUGUUAAACUGAAAAAAAAAAAAAAAAAGAAACCAUUGCUCCUUCAGCAGUCCCCCCCAAACAACAAACCCCAGCUGCCAUACUCCCGUGGCUCAUUUAUUCCUGUCAGCUGAGUGCAUGGAAGACACCUUCUCCCUUGUGCACCUCUUUGGCUUCCCUAGCAACCCAGCUGAUCCUGCUUCUGCUCUGAAAGGGUCCCGCUUAAAUUAUCUUAUAGGGAAUUUGGAUGUUGUCAAUCUCUCUGGCUACUUCCUGCUGAGCGGGGACAUUGCAUUCUUAAAGGUAUUUACUACAAUCUACUGCCAUUUUCCAGCCUAGCUCUGACUCAGGUUGCAGAGAGAGCAGGGGAGAAGCAAAGGCUCCUCCCCACCGAGCUGGAAGGUGGAGGCGUGGCAAUGCAGAGCUGCAGGCCCCAAACCCCCUCAGGCCGAUUGCCCAGGCUGGCACAGAGGUUCAGGCCAACAGAUCUUACCACGAGCUGUGCUUCUAUGCCCCGAGGCAGGUCCUAGUGUUUGCAGCUUAGCAGACCCUCAGUGCGGCUUGGCCUUGGAGCCGCAGCUGCUCACACUCCCCUACAAACUCUGGAGGUCUCGGUAAUUCAAACCACAUGAACAUCACUCCCUUCCUUAGCGUACCUUGUUCAGCGGCAAAAUUCAGAUCUCUACCAAGCCUGUCCCAGGAUGACACAUUAAGAUUGCCAGAGACGGCAAACCAAGGAGCAAUUGUGUCACAUUUAGCCAAAAACCUCUCCAAAGCUCUCAGUAACAGCUCGUUAAGAGCCAGAAAAAUCAGGUGUGAUGUUGAAGCACCCAUUCUAAAAUCCUAUUCUUUUUUUAUUUUCAUUUUAAACCGUCCACUUUGGUCGUGGCCCUCACUUUAUUUUUAUUUAUUUAUUUAUUAAAGAUUUCUGUC